AUGGUAGACACGCUGGCACGGUGUGGAAAGCUUGAGGAAGCAAAGGAAAUAUUUGAUCAGGUCCGCGGCUGGUGCAUCUCCUCUUGGACGUCGAUGAUCUUUGCAUAUACCUCGUUCGGGUAUUUUGAAGAAGCAGAGGCUUUAUUUUAUACAAUGCCCGAAGUAGAUACCAUAGCCCGAAACGCAUUUAUUUCAUCUUUAGCACUUAAUCUCAAACUUGCUAGUGCAGUUCGUGUUUUUCACAGGGCUAACCAGAGAGACAUAACAACUUGGAACACCGUUCUUUCUGCAUUUGCCCGCGAUGGGCAUCUGCAAGAAGCUGAAAAAGUUUUCCGAUCGAUGCCGGAGCGCGAUCUCGUGAGCUGGAAUUCAGUGCUGGAGGCAUAUGCGGGGCAAGGCAAGCCAGCCCAAGCGAUCGGAUUCUUCUACGAGCUUCAGCAGCAGUGGAUCCCGAGCGCAAUCAGCGUUGUUUGCUUCUUGGUUAUGACACGGGACUUCGGAUUGGAGGCAACCAAGCAGCACUACAGCUGCGUGAUCGAUCUCCUGUGCCGGGCAGUCGUUUUGGCGAAUGCCCAAGCCGUGAUUGCUGAAAUGCCCAGCGUUCCUGAUCUUGUCGAUUGGCAUUGCGUGCUCGCGUUUUGUUCCAGUGACAAAAACCUUGAACAAGGAAGAGUGUGUGCCAUGUCUGUUCUUGAGAUGGAACCAAACAACGCUGCUGCUUACGUCUCGUUGUCACAAACAUUGAUCUAA